AUGGAAGGCGAAAAGAGAGAGACAUUUGGAUCCUCUAGGGAGUCUAAAGCUUCGGCCUUGGGGCUCGAGGACCUCUAUCUCGAAGAAGGCGAACCAUCCGGCUCAACGCAAGCCGAAGACCAGACACCGCCUGAGUAUACACCCCAGUACACACCUCAACGCCAAUGGCCAAUACCACUCAAUAUCGUGGUCCAAGUCGUCGGCUCCAGAGGCGACGUGCAGCCCUUCCUCGCCCUCGCCUCCGCCCUUCAGAAAGCAGGCCACCGCGUCCGCAUCGCAACGCACCCGCAGUUCUCCUCCUUUGUCCUCGAAUCCAACAACUCCGUCCCAGCCUCUGCCUCACCAAACAGGAUCGAGUUCUUCCCCGUCGGCGGCGACCCGGCCGAUCUCAUGGCGUACAUGGUCGAGUCACCCUCCCUGAUCCCCAAAAUGUCGCAGAUCCGCGCGGGCAUCAUCCAGCGGAAGCGCGACAUGUACGUCGAGAUGCUCGACGGCUUUUGGCGGUCCUGCGUUCACCCUGACCCCCUUUCCAACGUGCCAUUUGUUGCUGAUGCCAUUAUUGCCAACCCACCGAGCUUCGCCCACGUGCACUGCGCCCAGGCGCUGGGAAUCCCGGUGCAUUUGAUGUUUACGAUGCCGUGGAGCAGUACCAAGGCGUUUCCGCAUCCGUUGGCGAAUAUUGGGUUUUCAAAGGCGGAUAAGAAGAGUACGAAUCAUGCUUCGUAUUCUGCUGUUGAGUUUUUGACAUGGCAGGGCUUGGGAGAUCUUGUCAACGCGUGGAGAGUCCAGUCACUUGGCUUGGAACCUGUUCCGUCGACUGAGGGACAUCGUAUACUGGAAAGUCUGCAAGUCCCAUUCACAUAUUGUUGGUCGCCGUCUCUCGUGCCCAAGCCUAGUGAUUGGGGUCCGCACAUUGGUAUGUUCCACAUCAAGAAAUCUACCAUGAAGAGUCAAGCUAACGAUCAGCAACAAGACAUUAGUGGCUUCUUCUUCCGCGACCCUGCGCCGUAUACACCACCUCCCGACCUCGAAGCCUUUCUCAAGGCCGGCCCACCACCCAUAUACGUCGGAUUCGGAAGUAUUGUGGUUGGCGGAAUCGAGGGCCUCAUGACCAUGGUCCUCAGCGCAAUCAAGGCGACAGGAGUCAGAGCCAUUAUCUCGAGAGGCUGGAGCAACUUGACCGGCGAGGAGUCGUACAACGUAUUUUACGUGGGCGAUUGCCCGCACGAGUGGCUAUUCCAGCAAGUCGCCGCUGUCAUCCACCACGGCGGCGCCGGUACUACAGCCUGCGGAUUGAGAUACGGAAAGCCUACAACCAUUGUUCCCUUCUUCGGAGACCAACCCUUCUGGGGCGCCGUCGUGGCAGAAGCUGGCGCAGGACCAGACCCCAUCCCCUACCGCUCCCUCACAUCGCAAAAGUUAAUCCAGGCCAUCCAGCUCUGCCUCUCCCUGGACGCCAUCCGCUCGGCCAGAAAGCUCGCCGACGCAAUGCAGAGGGAGAACGGCGUCCAGGCCGCCGUCGACGCCUUCCAUGCCAACUUGCCACAGUCGAAAAUGGGCUGCGACUUCUUCUCUGACCAGCCCGCGGCGCUGGUCUACGGGAGGGGUAAGAAACAGGUCAAGAUGUGUAGACCCGUCGCGUCCAUCUUGGUCAAGAAUGGAAAAUUGCAGCGGAAGCAGCUCAAGUCAUAUAGAUCGAAACCGACAAACAUUGAGAACCAGAGAUGGGACCCCCUGACGGCAGUAUCGGCAGCCUCCAUCUCGACAAUUGUCAAAAUGGCAGGCGCCACAGCCGACAUUAUUGUCAAGCCUUUUGAACAAUACAAACGUACCAGCGAGUCUGGCGAGAACCUCGAAGAGCAGCAGCAAGUCGAGAACACGCAAAGACACAGCCAAGCGCCCGCGUUCGCCAUGUUGCCCCUCCCCGGCGUCGGCGUCCCAGACGGGGCGGCGGCAACCGGAGAGAAAGCUUCCUCGGCCCGGCCGCCGCCAUCCAGGGGUAGCCAGGAAUCAUCCUCCAACGGCGCAAAACCAGGCGCCAUGGCAGCCGCAGCAGCCAACGGCGUAGGCAAACUCGCGAGCAACGCGACGAAAGGUCUGCUCGUCGACAUACCCCUCGCCGUGACGGAGGGUCUCCGCGCGGUGCCGAACCUGUACGGCGAGCCCGUCCGCAAGCACGACGCCGUCGAGGGUUUCCGCAGCGGCGUCUCGGUGGCGGGCAAGACGUUCUGCCAGGACAUGAAGGGCGGGCUGACAGACAUCUUUGUGCACACGUACACGGGCAAAAAGGAGCAGGGCGCGCUGGGGGCGGCCAAGGGGCUUGGGAAGGGGGUGGCUAGUCUUGUAACGAAGAGUACUGCUGCGACGUUUGGAUUGGUUAGUUACCCGGCGCAGGGGAUUUAUAGGAGCAUCUGGGCUGCGUCGUAUGCGGAUACGAGGAGGAGUAUUGAGGAUGAGAAGUUGUUGGAGGGAGAUUGGAUGGUGUCCAUGAGCCCUGGGUGGAAGAUGGAUCAUGCUGCCAUUGUGGAGGAUUUUGAGGGGAUGAAGGGGACUAGAGGGCAGUGA